AUGCAGGUGCUGAAGCAGCUGGGUUCUGUCCAGUCCAAGAAGCGACUGGAGCAUGGAGCACUGUCUAUCUCAGUGCCCCUUGGAGACUUCAGGCACACAUUGCAUGUGGGGCGCGGUGGCGACGCCUUCGGGGACACCUCGUUCCUGAGUCGCCACGGGGGCGACCCACCCCCUGAGCCCCACACCCCACCAGUCGGGGCCCCGCAUUCUAUCCCUCCACCUGCAGUUCCACAGCCCCCUGCACCUGGUCUCCGAGUGCCUUCACCUGCGGACCCGCUGUUGUCCUUUCACCUGGACCUGGGCUCCUCUAUGCUAGACGCGGUGCUAGGCGUCAUGGACGCCGAGCCUGCGGAAGCAACAGCCACCAAGCCUGUCGGGGACACCCACCCUGGAAGGCAGCACCAAAAGGCUCGCUGCCGCUCCAAUGCUGACCUCCCACUGGACGACGUCAUAGGCCUGUAGUGUCCUGAUUCCUGCACCUUCUCGGUCCCGCCCAAUAACCCACUUUUGUACAUAUAAAU